UCGGGUCACCAGGAGUAUUCAGAAUGGUACCCCGCACCACCGCAGACGCACGGACAGCCUGAGCAUGAUCAGGCUAUGUCCCAAUACCCAGGGCGCACUUCGCAGCUCGUCCCAGUAGAUCCGCAGCAUGCAGGAUUCGCCCAAGGCCACUCACAACCAUACCCGUCGUACCACGCUGGCGACAGCAAUCAUACCACGGUUCCUCAUGGACAGUAUCACGGUUUCCCUCCUGCCAUGCAUGCCCCGGCAUACCAUUCCGAUAUGCCGCCCCCGCCUCCUGCGACCCGCUCCCAGCUGUGGCAAGUCCCUCCAGGACAAACUGGACAUGAACUCGGGUACCCGACGACGCCUAUUGACUACCCUCCGCAGCCCACUCAGCCCGUGCACGCUGGCAAUUCGUACGGCCACGCAUCGACGCCUAGCCUCAGCCGGAGUCACAGCAUGACCCAGAUGCCAGGAUCCGUCGAUGGCCCCCCAGCCGGUGAUGAAUGUGCAUUACAGCUUGCAGGAGACCUGGAAUUCGUUCGUGCAGCAUCAGCUGCCCACGCCCGUCGCCCCGCAGCCGCCCCCGCAAGGACUCGGAUAUGGUGGUCCUGGAGCUUGAUCGGGUACCUCUGUGCUCUUCCGUCUGUACUUGCUCCUUCUCGGAUAGCUGUCUAUGCUUUUUUGCUACUCGUUAUGCUAUCAGAUUGUUUGCAUCUCUAGAUAUCCUAGCUUGAAUGUACCGUUGUGUUGUUAGGGGUCGGGCAAGUACCCGGUACCGGUCCUGCUCUCUUAGAUUGCUUGCAAGGUCCCCUCCUGGCCCGUUUUGUCAUGCCGAUACACAUCCGUUAUGCAGUUCUUCACUUUGCAAACGCUUGAAUGCUGCGUUUCGAGCAUCCCUGUAGGUGCACUGUAACUUUCAGUACUCAGUACACACCGUGACCGGGGUCGACUCCCUGGCGCUGGUGCGGUAGUGUACGGUGUAAAACUCAAACAAUGUUUCUUACGG